UAGGGUUUGGCUAGAUAUGGAGGAGGAGGAGGAGGAGGAGGUAAAAGUGGUAAGUGAAUUCGGGAAGCUUGAUAUUGCAAGAGCAAAUGCGGCAAGGGAAAGAAAGGAAUUGAAGAGAAAGAAAAAGUUAAUAAGGGCUUCGCAGGCCUAUGGUUUUGAUUUUGGAGCUUCUUCCCCUAAGUUUAGAAUAACUGAGUCUCCAAUGCCCUUUGAUUAUGAUAUCAUCCUUUAUGCUAGGCUUGGACUCCACUGCUACAAUCUUCACAAUGGAACAAACUUAAAGUUUGUGCACUGGGUAAAGUUUACUACCAUGUGCACUUCUUACUGUGACUACUACAUAACUUUGGAGGCAAUGGAUCCGGCCUGCAACUCUGUCAUCUCUUUUCAGACUUUGUACAGUAGUUUUGGACGUUCAAUGGAAGAUGUCUAUACGUGGCAGAUCUUGGCCUGCAGACCCACAUGUAACAAGGCUGUGAAUGAUAAUUGGGACCGGGAUGAGGCAAUGGAUCAAUACUACCCAGCGAAAAUGCCCAAAUGGUUGUCUGAUGAGGCCUUGACCAGUGACAACAAAAAGUAUUACCACGUGAAAGAAUCAGAGCUCCAUGAGAAUGACUGGCUGCAUCUAUUCAUGGAAAUCGCAUUCUUGGAAGCAAAUCCUCAAUUGGUGGCUUAUCCAACCCUGGAGAUCGACAAGGUAGUUGUAGAAACUAAAGAAGAUUACACAACUGAGGCGCGUGAGAAGCUCCACGCAGAGAAUGCAAUAUUCUACAUAAGUUACAAGUAUAAAGGUGAUUCUUCAACUGGUUUCUCUGCUGAUCUGAGAGCUAUCAUAAGGAAAACCAUGGAUGGGAUACCAGAACACAUGACUCUUGAAUUUACUUCUCAGUGCGGGUGAUCACAAAGCUACGGUAAGUAAAGAACAAGAAGAAGAAUAGACAGACACCUAAUGUAUGGAGCUGCUGGUCUGUUGCAAUUAUUUAUUAAGCGCUGUUUCUUUGGAACUUUUAUCAUGUUAUAUGUCUACAGUUCUAGGGACUAAACCGAGUGGGAUCUAUAUGUAUUUUAACCUUCGUUA